AUGCAGGCUCUCACGGAUUCGGCCGAUGACACCGCCACUGCCGCCGCCGACGAUGAAUCCACGGCGUUGGCAGCACGAUCGCGGAAGCGCAAGGCGUUGGAGAUUGAGGCGGCGCUCUCCGCGUCUGCUCCUGCCAAGGGCGGAAGCAAGGCGGAGGUGACGCGCGAGCCGCGUCGUGCGAUUUGUGCUGUCAUCCUCCGUGGCAGCGAAACGUCACACCCCGCACUUGCCGGCGGUGCUCCCGCGCCUCCCGCCAGUGGUUACCACUCGAGCCACCAUUGGCGGCAGGACGCUCGCCCAUGGCCUUUCGAUCACCCAUGGUUGCAGAUGCCCUUUCGCCUGCCCAUCGCCAAAGGUGCUGCUCCCGCUGCACCUUCUGUUGCGCCUCCUGCUUCACUAUUACUAGCCACCGUGCCAGAAGCAGCAGCUUGCAUGAACUGCUUUAACAAUUCAGAUGAUGACAUGGGCGGUUUUGGUGGAAGUCCCGCCUGCCACGGAGGGACCAAUGGUGCGGCAGAUGACGACGAUUGGAUGCCGCGCAACUGCGGGCGCAAGGAUCGGCAGAUGGCGGGCAAGCGAAUCAAGGUGCGGAGCAUGGCGGAGAGGCAGAGGCGGGAGAGGAUCAGUGCGGGGCUGGAGAAGCUACGCCUGGUGGUGCGCGGGCAUGGGGACAUGGCCUCCAUGCUCGAUAAAGCUGUCGCAUAUGUCAACUCGUUGCAGCACAGAGUGACUGCGAUGGAAACCACCCUGUUGCUGCACCAGGCGUCGUGCAAGAACCUGAGGCAGCCUGAAUG